GCCCAGAAACGCUUAAUAAAUAUUCCAACACGCACUGUGAGCACGUAGCCUUUCCUGCCCUGCCCGAGAGAAUCGGCUUUGCACAACAUGUAUGACUUUUGCUUUUCGCCCAUUUACUCGGUCUUCCUGGCCCUAGCGGGUGCCUACAUCUACUUCACCACCGGUAGCAAGGCCUCGUUCGGUGGUGCUGUCGGAGCGGCUGUCAUUCUCGGAGGCCUGGCUUACGGCUCGCUCAAGUACUACAUCAAGCAUAAAGCCGUCUGCAAGCCGACGGUGUUCCUCAGCCUCGUGGUCGCCGCUGGCCUGACCAGCAUGAUGUACAGGCGGUUCGAGAAGACGCACUCGGUACCCGCGGCCGCCAUCGGCGUGGUCAGCGGCGGCAUGGCGCUCUUCUACGCCUGGAGCAUCUCGCCGCUGGGCCCCAAGCCCGCCGCGCACGGCAAGGCGCACUAGGCUGACAUGGCUAGCCUGAGGUAGUUAGGAGGUCGUAAGAGCGGAGUACAAGAUAAGUGUGGUAUGACGUGAUCAAUGGAAGGAGGGGGUUGCAUCGGUUGGACGGACAGCAAGCGGUUGCAUGAUGGAUUGGCGGAAGGGAAGCGCGGGAACGGAUUUGGGUGUGGCACGCCAAUGUCCAUAAUCGGUGUGCGCGAGCAGCCUGCGUCACAGUAAGAAUUUAAUACUCGGGUCGCUAUCGCUGUACAAACGGUGGCGUCUCUUGUCACGCAAGUAAAAAUGCAAGCAG